AUGUGGCCUGAGUUCAAGUCCUGGCUCAGCAAUGAAGAGGGCAGGACCACGCCUGGCUCUCUGCAGCAAUGCACAAACUACGUCUCCCGGUUGCUCGCUCCACCCAGCAAGCCAGAAGCCUUUAAGUGCUUAAGGUAUGUUCUCCUGACCUCCUUUGACCUAUUGGCGCAAGUGGGCUUCCUUUGCUGGCAUGUCAGGGGCCCUGAGGUUUCCUCCUUUGGCCACAGCAGUGGGGGGGGGGCACAGGCUGACAUCCCUCCUGACUGUGGCCAAGGUCAAGAUCUGCUGCAGGCCUGGAUCAAGCCGAGCGCUGCUAAGGCGGGCAUCUCCCGCUCGCUCCCUCCUUCCCUCCUUCCCUUUCUCUCCUCCCACCCGGCGCUGGGACCUGGCCAGACGGGGAAUGCGCAAGCUCCGGCCCGGCCAGGCGGACGGCUUAGUUGCAUCCCCAUCAUGGCGCUCAGGCGGCGGGCGCUCCUUCUCCUGCUGUUGCUUCCCAUGUUCCGCUACAGAAUCUUGGCCGUAGAGCUGUUUUCUACUGACUUGAACCCCGUGGUGCAGGAAUUUGACCGUGCUGAGCUUUCCUGCAUCAUCACUUCCACCAAGUCAGUCAAUCCUAGGAUUGAGUGGAAGAAAAUUGCGGGCAAGGACACAAGCUACGUGUAUUUUGACCACAGGAUGCAGGGAGACUGGGUGGACCGUGCAGAGCUCCAUGGGAGGACAUCACUGCUCAUCCACAAUGUGACCCGGGCAGAUAAAGGCAUCUACCGGUGUGAGGUUGCGGCUCCUGAAGACACGCAUAUUGGAGCUGAGAUCAACAUCAACCUGACAGUUCAUGUGAAACCAGUGGCCCCAAAGUGCCGAGUGCCCCAGUCAGUGCCUGUGGGUAAAUCCGCUACUCUCCACUGCCAGGAAAAGGAAGGCUUCCCUGAACCAACUUACAAAUGGUACCGUAAUGGUGAAACUUUGCCUCUUGACUCCAAAGCCAGCUCCAAAUUCCAGAAUUCCUCCUUCACUGUGAACACAAAAACGGGCACGUUGGUCUUCAGCGAAGUGCAAAAAGGAGACACAGGCCGUUACACCUGUAGAGCGACGAAUGCCGUGGGUGAUGCCUGGUGCGAGGAGAUGGAGAUGCAAGUCUAUGACCUUAAUGUUGCUGGGAUUGUUGGAGGGGUCAUGGUGGUCCUCGCUGUCCUUUUGCUGACUACGGUGGGAAUCUGCUGCGCCUACAGGAAGGGUUUGUUUGUGAACAACAAGCAAAAUGGAAAUAGCUACAAGACUCCAGCGAAGCCAGAUGGCGUGAACUACAUCCGCACAGAUGAAGAGGGUGACUUCAGGCACAAGUCCUCAUUCGUGAUAUGAAACGGCAGAAGAAAUCUGGAUUUUGCCCAUCAGCAAGAAUGGAAUGUGGAUAGAACCUCCUUCUGGAACUCUUUAUGAAAGAGCAGCUAACAAACGGCGUGUGCAUGGAUGCGAUUUAGAGGAAACCGAACAAAUCAUCCAUGCGUGCGCACACACACACACACGCGUGUGCAUACCUGGUUUUUAUUUUUUGGCCAAAGUCGAGCAAUGAUUUCCUUUUCUUUUAAAAAAUAACCAAACCAAUCUCUUCUUCCCUGGAAAGUGCCAUGUAGAUCAGCACAGUCCAGACCCUGUGGACAAGGAGAGGACCUAUUUGACCUUUGGCAGGAGAAAAAACAAUUCCCUAAAAGUAUCUGUGGGACCACAUUCCUCCAUCAUUCAUGCCACUGGAGGCUGUGGAGCUGCCUCCUGCCAGCGUUUUACAGACUGCCAGGCUACCAGCACUUAAAAGGGGAAAUCUUAGAAAUGGGCUUACACUACUUCCUUUUCCAUUUCUUCUCUCUCUCUCUCUCCUUUUUAAUUCACAGAAGUGUUAACAAUGGCAGUAGAAUGAAAUUAUGCCUAGAGAGAUCAGAAAGGCCCUACUGGCUAGCUAAGCAUCUGGUGACCUGAUGCUUUGAGUUGGGUUCCUGCGCUCUCGCAGCAGCUGUGUGUGAAAAGCACAGAAGCAAUGUGUGCUUUCGUUUUCCUAAAGCUCAAAUAAUGGAAACAGCAGGCACUUCCAGAGCCCCCCCAGAAACUACGUUGCUGCCAGCCAAUCACUGUAAUUCUUGCCAACGGUGUCCACUUACUAAACAUGCACACAAGGCACCAAUCAACACAUGGAGAUGCCAGGAAUUCCAGGAUGGUGUCAUAGGAUGCAGUUCCCAUGACAACACACACUGCACAAAUAGGAUGCCAUGAAUGGGCUACUGCACCUUCUUCCAUCAAAGCAUCCUAGGGCUUAGGAGGCUACCAUAGUCUUUAUUGAUGUCUUUUGUGCACCAUGCCCUUUCACAAAAGUACUCUAGGCGUGGCACCCUCUCACGAGUCUAGAUAUAUGCAAGCCACAUUCCUUGCUGAGGCUUAUAUGCUCUUGACACUCUGCUGUGAUUUUCUUCUGAGUCAGUUGCAAUCCUCCAUUGUGUCUAGGAACAGGCAGUGAGGAAGUAAGUGGGACAGCCAUUCCCUUCUCCCUGUUGAGUGUUCGUUUAGGUAUGACAAGGUAUUUCGUUGUCGUAACUUUAUGCUGGCGGAGAAGGCAGAUUAAGAGGGUGGGAUUUGGUCUAAACUAGCCAUUCCUCUGAUCCUACACCAUCUCUGGCUCACGCCUCCCCGCCUUGUAGUUGUCAUGCCAUCACCACACUUCACUAUAACAGCUUAAUUUGGGCUUAGGUGGUGGACGUCAGAUUGUAGUUCUGGCAGUGAACCUCUGUACCAGCAAUGACAGAACUAAGUGAAUGAUUCUCACAUUGAAAAAUAGCAUGCCUUCAGGAAGGUUAGGCGAAAAUCCUUCUUGCUGGCAUUCUAGAUUUCUCUGUGCAGGGUGUCCCCCCCCCCCCGUAUGGUGGAACAUCUAGUCACGUGAGCCACCCCUACCUGUAUUAGGAAGUGGUACGGCGCACACAUAGGUGAACCACCUUGCCUUUGAGUUAUCCAGGUGUUAAGGGUUUUCUUGGUGAUGCUGCCUUCAGCCAGCCAGUGUAACUUGUGGAUUCAAUUAUCAUGUUGUUAGAAAGGCUGGGAUUUGGAGGGUGGGGUUGGCAAAAAAAAUAAUUGUGUGAAUCUGCUUUAUCUGCAUGGGAGGCUUCUUUGGUCAUUCCAUCUUUUUUAUUAUUCGGUAGGCUGAUCAGAUAGUGCAUGGUCAGCUCAGCCUUGUCAGUUUCCAGUGCCACAAGUUGGUUGUCUCAUCCUGCUCCUCCACCACCCCCACCCCUGGUUUGGCGUCUCCAAAUUGAGGUUUUGCCCACAGCGAAAUUCCCAAGAAAUCCACCGAAAGCAGGAUAGAGUGGGACAGAGAACCUUUGCCGAAUUUCCCAUUCAAUGUCCCUGCAAUGUUUCAGCCGUUUUCAGGCCAGCAUGAGAACAUUUCUUCCUUGUUUUACAUCACCUAAUCCCGCUAAUCCGCAUUGAGCAAUCUUGCCUGUUGUGCACCCCUUUCCAUGCCAAUCAAAGCAUACAGGUGCUUCACUGGACAGGUAAGCACAAAAGCCAAACCUCCUUCCGUGCAGCAGGGCUGAAAUUCCAACAUGGCACCAAGACUGAGGGCAAAGCUUUUCUACUGUUCCUCCUUUUGUAGAUUCUGCAUUCUAAUUUUUUUGCAAAGAUAUAUUUUGAUUACUUAAAAAAAGUGAUUAAUGUUUCUAUUUAAGAUGUAAAUAGGUUGGUAGGCCAAACAGUGUUUAAGUAAUAAUGUAGCUUUUUUUUAAAGGAUUCUUAAGUUUUCUUUAAUGACAGGUGGGAGAUCCUGUGCUGAUUCAAACCAUAUCAGUAUUGUUAUCAAAGAGCACAGAAAACUGUAGAAGUCAAGGAAAGCGGGCAGCUUGUUCUCUUCCUGUUUCCCUUUAUUUGGGGUUGGGGGUGGUUGGGGAAUAAGACAUAAUGUAGUCUGCAGGAAGAAUUGCUUUUCUCUAUCAGUAUUUCUGCUCUUCCUGCAGCAACAAAAUGGACCAGGAUGGAAAAAAACUGUACAAUUAGUUGCAGGAAGGGAAGUGUUUUAUCAGAUGGCAGCCUUCUGAUGUGUCACACUGAACGGACAGGUUUGUGGUACAACGUGGCGUUAGAAGGAAAAGCCCCAAAUGUGGGCAAGACUUUUGGCACACCCAGGGCAGCUCUAACCCUUUGGCUGUUCCCUUUGAAUCCUGGACACUUGUAAAAACAAAAGAAGAGGAAGAGUUGCCAAAUGAACCUGUUAAGUUUUAAGAAGGCAAAAGCCGCCUCCCUCUUAAUCUCAUGUGAUUCAGUUUCAACUCAAAAAUACUUGGGUCACAAAUUAGAAAAGGAGGUUGAUUGAGAAAGUACACAGGUCCCCCCCCCUUUUUAGUAGUAAUGAUGGGGGCUGCCAACGCAUGUAGCUAUAAACUGAUAAUUCCAUUUCUUGCCAUGUUUUAUUCCGCAGUCUGGGAGGGUGUUGGGGGCCAGUCAUUGUGCUGCAAGAACAAUUUCCUGCUGUGGGGUGGGGAUGGGGAAGAGGGGCAAGCGUGUGUUUCUUCUUCUUUUUUUUAAAAAAAGCAUAGCGUACUUUUGCAGCAAUGGUGUUUUUCAACUACCAAUUUUAUGGUCUUAACUUUGGAUGCAGACAGUAUUUUAUAUUUUUAUUGCAUUUUUUUAUUUUUGGAUUGUUUUGUGUUUCAUUUGUUCAUGGUCUAUAUUAAUCUGCCUUGGAAUAUCCAAAACGGCGAGUGGAUUUUUCUUUUCUUUUCUCUUGGUAUGUGUGUGUGUGUGUUUAAAGAGAGUUUGGAGAUGUCAUUGAUGUGUUUCAUUUCUUUGCAGGAGCCCAGAUCCCAGAUCCCUACCCUCUUUUCAAGCUAAGGUGGCAACAAUAAAGGGGAAGCUGUAACAGGGCAUUUCACUGCCGCUAUCUUGUUUUGAUUUAACCAUGGCUACCUCUAAGAGGCAUUCAACCAAAGCAUAAUUUUCUUCCACUGCCGAAAUGCUUCCCCCCUCUAAACCUCAGUGAUAGAAUAGGGUUGCCUUCAGAAUCAAAACAGCUCUCCUUUCCACUUUCGUUUGUUCAUUGUGCUGCUUGGCAGAGAGCAGAGCAAAGGCUUGCAGUAUUAUAAUUUAUUAGAAUGAAUCGAAAUGAAGGGCUAGCACCACCCAUCCUUGAGACAUAUCUGCACAAUGCAAGCCCAUCUGGGAUUCGCAGUCAUGAUUUGCAGGCUGGGGAAAUGGUAGUUCUGCAAGAGGCAUAAGGUAUUAGCACAGGGAUGGGGAGCCAGUAGGGUCUUCCUGAUGCUGUUGGAUUCUAGCUCCUUUUAGCUCCAGCCAACAUGGCAAAGUCAGGGAUGAUGGGAUUUGGAGUCCCAACAGCAUCUGGAGGGCUACAGUUUCUCUCCAGCCCCAAGCAGAAAUAUAGUCCAUCCCCUUUGCAAAGCUGCCACUGUAGGAUAUUGGGUAGCUGGAGCCUAGGUAUAAGGGGAACAUGGAGGUUUGGUUCUCAGUAGGCUUGGGAGCAGGGAGAGGACUCUGUUAAACCAAGCUGGGGGAUUCAGUGUGUGCUGUCAGGGCACCUGGCUAAGGCUGAAUUGAUCUUGGGUUCAGUUCUUUUAGCACUGCCACUUUGCACACAAAGUUGCAGAAUUUUGGAUGGCGCAGUUUUAAGAAUGCAGUUGGAGAAACCAUUUUCGAAUGGUCCUCUGUGGCUUAAAAAAAAAAAACAAGCCACCACCACUACAGAUAAUGAAGUCUCACCCAAGGAGGAAAACAAUGCAGUU